AUUGUGUGGUACUCUACAGUCUGUGGGUACUACAGUGUAGUAAUUGCAGAAAAUAUGUCUUUUCGUAACGUUUCCAAAGAGGCCCUGGUUGGGUCCGUCGCACUUGGAGUUGUUUUUGUCACGGGGUAUUUAUUUGGGAAAAGGAAAUCACUCAGAAUGAGCAUCUCCAAAAGCCACUGCGGGGGGAAAACCGACCCCCUGAUGCAGUACGUCCUCAAUCACUCCAUGAGGGAGCAUCCGGCUCUGACAAAGCUCAGACUGAGGACAAUGGAAGAACCUAUGAAUGUUAUGAUGGUGGCCUGUGAACAGUCGCAGUUCAUGGCGAAUCUGGCAAGGCUGAUAAAAGCCAAAAAAGCAUUAGAGAUCGGAGUCUACACGGGCUACAACACACUGAACAUUGCCCUGGCUCUGCCUGACGAUGGAGUUUUGGUGGCGUGUGAUAUCAGUGAGACCUACACCAACAUUGGCAAAGCCUUCUGGAAAGAGGCUGAAGUCGACAAAAAGAUUGAUCUACGCCUCCAGCCAGCUCUGAAAACACUUGAUGAUCUUUUGUCUGAUGGCCAGGCAGGCACUUUUGACUUUGCCUUCAUCGAUGCAGACAAAGUUAAUUACGACAACUACUUUGAAAAGUCUUUGCAACUCCUGAGGAAAGGUGGCAUCAUCGCUAUCGACAAUGUGCUGUGGGGCGGGAAGGUGGUGAAUCCAUCUCAAGACGAUGAAGACACUGUGGCCAUCGACAAGCUGAACAAGAAGUUAUACAGAGAUACUCGAAUAAACCUGAGUAUGCUCACAGUGGGAGAUGGUCUCACACUGGCUAUCAAACUAUAAGACUCAGGUCUAACAAGUCAAGUGCAAUUAUCUCAAGGGGGGAUUUUGGACUUCUGUUAUUUUUAUAGUCAUUUCAGUGCCAGUUUACUACUUCGGAAUCUAUACCUAAAUGAUAAUCGGUUUUACACCUACAAGUGCAGGGUUUGAAGAAAACAAAGGUUUUAUUAAAAAAAAACUGAAUAUAC